AUGGAUCCCAAGAACCCACCAAAUCAACCACAAGUACCAAACUUGUUAAACCCUUGUUCACCGCAGAAGAAUCAGGACAACGGGAAGAAGAGGAAACAAACCGAUGUCAAGGGUUUAAACACUGUCGAAAGAAAGAGAAAGUGGAAGAAGAAGGAGAAAGAGAAGGAGGCAGAGGAGCAACAGAUUGUGAAGAACAAGAAACCGACCAAAGAUCGACACCUUAAAGUCGAAGGAAGAAGUCGGAGAAUUAGGUUGCCUCUACUCUGUGCUGCGAGGAUUUAUCAAUUGACUAGAGAGUUAGGUCACAAAUCCGACGGCGAGACUCUCCAAUGGUUGCUCUACCAUGCUGAGCCGUCGAUUAUCUCCGCCACCGGAACUGUAAUCAAACCCGCCGACUCUGUUUCUCAUCAACCUCCUCCUCCUCUCACCGCCGAUUUGAACCUAAACGAGGCUUCAAGGUCUGAAAUUGCAAAUGGGUUUUGGCCAAAUGGAGCUAACAAUGCUUCAGCCACAGGAGGAUUUGAUUUGAAUUACGGAAUUGGGCUGUUUGGGUUUGGUUUCGAUGGUUCUUCAGAGAUGGGUUUUGCGAGUAAUCAAAUGCCUGAGCUUGGAUUAGGGUUGUCUCAAGAUGGGGUUUUGAAUCGACAGAUUUAUCCGCAAAUGGGUCAAGAUCAAGCUCAGGUUCUUCAAAAUCAUGAUCAUCAUCCACAUGAAGCUCAGCAGGAGAAUGCAGAGAAAAAUGGUUCUUAA